AUGCGAGGUCAUCAAGAGGCAGUGGCGACAUUGUCAAAGCGGGCAACAGGAGCCACCAGGAGGACUCUAGCAAAAUCAUUACCCAAGGCGGUUGAGGGUGGCUAUGAUGGAGUUAUCCGGAUUAUCCUUAGCAAUGGUGCUGCGUUACCGCGGCCCUGGGAUCCGAGAAGCUUCUUACACCGGGCAGCGGAAUAUGGCCACAAUAGGACCAUAAAAUUCCUGCUUUCGCGGAUUCCACAGGAUUACUAUGUCUGUCCGGAAAUUGGAACCACUGGGGACCGCUUAUACUCUUACCGGCCUGGCGAAUCUCGCUUCACUGCCCUAGAGCUAGCCUCAAAAUACGGCCAUACAGAUAUUAUCAGAUUGCUCUUGGACGCAGGGGUACCAGCAACCGCACUUGACCUUGCAAACGCUGUUUCAAGCGGUUCCAUCCCGGCGGUGUCGCUCCUCCUUGAGAGGGGUGCGAACUUGCACGGCAUUGCCUCUCGUACGGGAGACACAGCACUCCAUGCCGCAGUAGGUGACAAUAACAAGGAGAUGCUCGAAUUUAUCCUCAAAUCUGGAGCCAAUAUCGAAAUACGAGACUCCUCCAGGACCACACCAUUAUACAAGGCAAUUGUGAACCGUAAUGAGGACGCUGUACAGAUCCUCUUUGAGUACGGGGCUAUCGCGGAACCGCAUAUUAAAUCCGGUGUGAAACCCAAGAAGCCCGGCACCGCAAGGAGCGUCUUGCAUCAUGCACUCCUCAAUAGAGCUGGCAAGUUAGUACCACUCCUUCUCCAAUAUGGUGCUAUAGUCGAAGGCGCAACCAACGAUGUGAUGACGCCGUUUCUCCGAGCGGCCAGCUGUGGAAGUGUGCCGGCUCUCGAGGCUCUCCAUGCAGCAGGGUGUCAUAUACACGCUCGCGACAAUGGGAAGCGGACUGCCUUGCAUUACGCAGCCGGUGAGCGCUAUGAUGGGAAUACUGAUACAGUAGAGGCGCUGUUGCGCUUGGGCUUGGAUCCCAACUCUCGAGACGCCGAGGGCAAAACUCCGCUACAUCUGGCUCCAUAUAGCCAAAUGUCACCUAUUUACGACUUGUUGGUUCGCCACGGAGAGCUCAUGCUAUAA